AGUUCAAAUAUUUUGACUAUUAUGUUUCCUGCCUUCCGUGAACUGCCGUGCAGAAUAGCGUCGUGCACCGUUCACGGCAAAAACGUGAUCACUCUUAUAAGUUUGAUUUCCCACUGAAAAGUUCCGUCGUAGUCCUCUGGGAACUUGUCCCUUAUACACGACACCCCGGCCUCCAAAAUUAGUAGGGGUUUUAGAAGUUUGACGGAGCAAAUGUCGGCGUUUCGCUUUUGCUGCUUUCCUGUUCGCAUUCGCCGACGCCGCUGCAAAGAAGAAACGUCAAAUAGGCUGGAUAGGUUAAACGCCAUUGCGUACCUGGAGUCGAAUGAGGGGCGCACCGUCGACGCAUACGGUGCAUCGGCCGAGUCAGCAGGACGCGAUCACAGCGCUACAAACGGUUUUUCCGACGUCGAUGCUGGUGGAUUGCCGCGACGCACUUUGUCAAGUAAUUGUGUUAACGAUGCUUGCGACAAUGGCGCGCGGCCCUCAGCACUCAGCAACCAUCAACAAACGCCUAAGGGUGCGGGGAUGUUAUCAAGUCUGAAACAACUUAGGAUGAAAGCCUCUGGCGCCUCUGUUUCAGACGCGGUAGCUUGGCGGGACAACCAAGCAGCAAGUCCAUCCAUGUUGCCACCACCCAACCUGUCUCGCGGCACCUCGCUGCAAGGCCCGCCUUUCUGCCACUCCAGCACCUCACCUCCUGAAUACAGUAGCCAAGGUUGCAGCAAAGUUCAGGCCGCGUCGACGUCGGGAACGUCGAAAAUACCUAGCCUCCAAGCCCGCUGCUCUGCGCCUCAGCCUACCCCGACACAUCCCUUGGCGCCGCCGUUGCCAAAUAAGUCCAGGUCAAUGGCAACAACAGCCGCUGCAGUAGCAGCUGCACCAGCUUCUCAGCUCCGUCCAGCCACAACGCCAGCUCAACAGCAGCAGCAGCACUUGCCUCGUCGCUCGCCCCCUCCCGUCAUCGGCGCCAGCACCGCUGCCGCUGGCUCUUCCGAAGCCCCUCGAGGCGGUCAACCAGCACUGUCGGUACAACACCAAGGGCAGGCAAGAGGAGGGCCAAUAAUUCCGGACCUCCGUCCCUUGCGGAUACCCUCGAAGCAGCAACGGCAGCAGCAGGACGCGCAGCAGAAACAACAGCAGCAGCCGCAAGAGUACUCUUACCUCACGGGUGCUGCCGUUGGCACCUCGGAUGCUGGGGCCGGCGGCGGCAACGGCGGUGCAGCAGGUUGCGGCAGUCACUUCCUCACAGACCGUUGGGACCGUUGGGACCCUCCCACCCUGCUCCUGGGAAGCGAUGCAACAAAAGAGACUGCGAUGAGGGAAUGGGCGAAAUGUGGAGCAGGAGAUGGAGUUGACCUAGGCGCCGCUGUCGGUGGCAGUGGCGGCGGCGAUGGCAGUGCCGGCAAUGUUGGCGAUGCAUGGAGGGAGGCGGAGGCGCGGCGGCUGAAGAUCCAGGCAGCGGAGCAAGCGGAGUACGACAAGAGGGAGGAGGCUAAGGUCAUGCGGUACAAUGAUGCUGAGAUCUUGGACGAGUACGAUAAGUACGAUUUGGAAAUAGAUGACGCCAUUGCGGAUUGUACGGCAGCUUGGGUUGACAAGUCUGGCGAGUUUGCUGGUUGCUGCGACCCUGUUGACUUGGGUGGCGUCAACACGGCUAGCGAUGCCGUACAGAACGCAGCAGCGGGAUUGUCGGCGGCCGCGACGGCGGCCGCAGCAGCAGCAGCGACCCCGGUACCGAAGGCGG